AUGGAUCUUUUGACCUAUGAUGAUGUGCAUAUCAACUUCACUGAGGAAGAGUGGAAUUUGCUGGAUCCUUCCAAGAAGAAUCUCUACAAAGAUGUGAUGCUGGAGACCUACAGGAACCUCACUACUAUAGGAUACAUUUGGGAAGAACAUAAUAGUAAAGAACAUUGUCAACGUUCUAGAAGACAUGAAAGGUAUCAGAGAACACAAACUGGAGAAAAAACCUAUGAAUGUAAGCAGUGUGGUAAGGCCUUUGCUGGACCCAGUGCUCUUCAAAUACAUGAAAGAACACAUACUGGAGAGAAACCCUAUGAAUGUCAUCAGUGUGGUAAGGCCUUUGCAUGUCAAGACAAUCUUCAAACGCAUAAAAGAACACACAGUGGAGAGAAGCCCUAUGAAUGUAAUCAGUGUGGUAAGGCCUUUGCUCGCCACAGUACUCUUCUAAUACAUGAAAGAACACAUACGGGAGAGAAACCCUAUGAAUGUCAUCAGUGUGGUAAGGCCUUUGCAUGUCAAGGCAAUCUUCAAACGCAUAAAAGAACACACAGUGGAGAGAAGCCCUAUGAAUGUAAUCAGUGUGGUAAGGCCUUUGCUCGCCACAGUACUCUUCUAAUACAUGAAAGAACACAUACUGGAGAGAAACCCUUUGAAUGUAGUCAGUGUGGUAAGGCCUUUGCUCAAAACAGUACUCUUCAAAACCAUAAAAGAACACAUACUGGAGAGAAACCCUAUGCUUGUAGUCAGUGCGGUAAGGCCUUUUCUUACCACAGUUCUCUUCAAAAGCAUAAAAGAACACAUACUGGAGAAAACCCCUAUGAAUGUAAUCAGUGUGGUAAGGCCUUUGCAUGUCAUAGUCACCUUCAAAAGCAUAGAAGAACACAUACUGGAGAGAAACCCUAUGCAUGUAAUCAGUGUGGUAAGGCCUUUGCAGGUCGUAGUCACCUUCAUUACCAUAAAAGAACACAUACUGGAGAGAAACCCUAUGCAUGUAAUCAGUGUGGUAAGGCCUUUGCUGAAAACAGUACUCUUCGACAGCAUAAAAGAACACAUACUGGAGAGAAACCCUAUGAAUGUAAUCAGUGUGGUAAGGCCUUUGCUCAAAACAGUACUCUUCGACAGCAUAAAAGAACACAUACUGGAGAGAAACCCUAUGCUUGUAGUCAGUGUGGUAAGGCCUUUUCUUACCACAGUUCUCUUCAAAAUCAUAAAAGAACCCAUACUGGAGAGAAACCGUAUAAAUGUAAUCAGUGUGGUAAGGCCUUUGUGAAAAACAGUACUCUUCAAAUGCAUAAAAGAACACAUACUGGAGAGAAACCCUAUGCAUGUAGUCAGUGUGGUAAGGCCUUUGCAUGUCAUAGUCACCUUCAAUACCAUAAAAGAUCACAUAUUGGAGAGAAACCCUAUGAAUGUAAUCAGUGUGGUAAAUCCUUUGCUAAACACCAUAAUCUUCAAAGCCAUAAAAGAUCCCAUACUGGAUAG